AUGGCGGCAGCAAGCUGGUAUCACCGGGACAUCAGCCGGGUGGUGGCGGAGGAGCUGCUGGCCAAGGCUGGGCGGGAUGGAUGCUUCCUGGUGCGGGACAGCGAGUCGGUCUCUGGGGCGUACGCCCUCUGCCUCCUGUUCCAGCGGCACGUCCACACCUACCGCAUCCUCCCCGAUGAUGAGGGGCUGCUCUCCGUCCAGACCAUCCAGGGCAUCCAGGCCAAGUGCUUCCGCACCCUCCCCGACCUGAUCGGUGCCUACCAGCAGCCCAACAACGGGCUGGUGACACCCCUGCUCUACCCCGUGCACCAGGCGAGGCAGGCGGCCGACGAGGACUCGGACGGGGAGGACGGCCGAGGCAGCGGGCACGUGGCGAGCACAGUCCCGGCCGGGGGAGCCGGGACGGGUGCGUGGCUCAGCGGUCCCAUCGCUGGCCGGACCCACAUCUCGCAGCAACUGCACCAGAGACUGCAGGAGCAGGUCCACAGCAGCCCGGCCAGCGACUUCAUGGGCUUCAUGGCCGAGUACCUGAACCACCACCUGCAGCUGGACCUGGAGGCGCUGCGCCACGGGCACCCGCAGCUGCGCCAUCUCAGCACCGCGCUCGUCACCGCCUGCCGGGCGCUACACAGUGAGAUCGACUUCACGCUGGCGGGUCUGGAGACGCUGGCCAGGGUGUUUGACCCCCCUGCGUCCCCUCGCAGCCCAGCCAGGGAGCAGGGUCUCCUGACCAGCGAUCCAGACCUUGAGCUGCUCCUCAACAAGAUAUCUACCGUCAACCAUCUCCUCUCGUCGCUGGAGAAGAAGGUGCUGAAGUCGCUGCAGGAGACGGUGUCGAGGCACAACCUGGCACUGCCCAGCGUGGCGGCAGCCCCCCCACCAGCCGCCAAGCCCCUGGCCGUGCAGAGCUUCGAGGUGAAGGUGGGCAAGUCACAGCGGGCAGCCCUGACAGUGGACGUGGAGUCAGGCACGGUGGCCAUCACCAAGAGGGGCAGCGGGUCCCCGGAGGAGACCAUCCCACAGGACAAAAUCCUGCAGCUGAUCAAAUACCAGAGCGUGCAGAGCAAGGUGAGGCUGGUGUACGACCGGGAGCCACAGAAAAGCCUGAGCAGAGACUUCAUCUUCCCCAGCGCACGGAAGCGAGAGGCCUUUUGCCAGCUGCUGCAGCUGAUGAAGAUCCAGCACUCCAACCUGGACGAGCCUGACCUCAUCUCGGUGUAUGUCGGGACAUGGAACAUGGGCAGCACGCCGCCUCCCCGCUCCCUCGCCUCCUGGCUGACCUCGAGGGGCUUGGGGCGCACGCAGGACGAGACCACUGCCUGCAUCCCCCACGACAUCUACGUUAUCGGCACCCAGGAGAACUCCCUGGGCGACCGCGAGUGGGUCGAGUUCCUCCGCGCAUCUCUGAAGACCCUGAUGGCCAUCGACUACCGAGUGGUCGCCCUGCAAUGCCUCUGGAGCAUCAAGAUCGUGGUGCUGGUGAAGCCCGAGCACGAGCGGCGCAUCAGCCACGUCCACACCUCCAGUGUGAAAACCGGGAUCGCCAACACGCUGGGGAACAAGGGAGCUGUGGGUGUCUCCUUCCUCUUCAACGGGACCUCCUUCGGCUUCGUCAACUGUCACCUGGCCUCUGGCAGCGAGAAGACCCACAGGCGUAACCAGAACUACAGUGACAUCCUGCGUUCCCUGGUCCUGGGCGACAAGCGGCUCGGGGCCUUCGACCUCACCCUGCGCUUCACCCACCUCUUCUGGUUUGGGGACCUCAACUACCGCCUGGACAUGGACGUGCAGGACAUCCUUGCCCAUAUAACCAAAAAGGAGUUUGAAGCCCUCCUGGCUGUCGACCAGCUCAACCUGGAGCGGGAGAAGAACAAGGUGUUCCUGCGAUUCAGCGAGGGUGACAUCUCCUUCCCACCCACGUACCGGUACGAGCGGGGCUCCCGGGACAGCUACAUGUGGCAGAAGUUCAAGCCCACGGGGAUGAGGAUCAAUGUCCCCUCGUGGUGCGACCGCAUCCUGUGGAAGUCGCACCCGGAGACCCACGUGGUCUGUAACUCCUACGGCUGCACAAACGACAUUGUGACCAGCGACCACUCGCCCGUCUUUGCCACCUUCGAGGUGGGAGUGACGUCGCAGUUUGUGCCCAAGAAGGCUCCCGGAUCCGGCCCCGAGCCCCUGGCCUGCAUCGAGUGGGAGAGCAUCGAGGUGAUCGUGAAAACCGCCAGCCGUAGCAAGUGCUACAUCGAGUUUCACUCCUACUGCCUGGAGGAGGCCCAGCGGAGCGGGGAGAACACCUCCCAGAGCUGCGACAUCCCCGGCUUCCUCAAGCUGGGCUGGUCCACAAAGCAUCUGCCUGUGCUGAACCCCAUCCUGCCAGACCUGGAGUACCUGGGGGACCAGCACUUGCUCCUCAGCAUCAAGGGUGUGGAGAGCUGCGAGUCCUACGGCGAGUGCUGCAUCGCGAUGAGGUCAAUGAUCGGCAGCAUGGCCCAGCAGUUCGAGACCUUCCUCUUCCACCGCGGUGAGGAGACGGGCUCCAUACGCGGCUGGAUGAAGGUCCGGGUCCCCAAGGACAGGCGCAGCACCCGCGAGAGGCUCUACGAGUGGAUCAGCUUCGAGGAGGAGGACGCUGAGCCGGCGGCAGACACCCCGACAUGCCCCAAGCCACCCCUGCAGAGCCGGCCCCGCAGCCUCCCGGAGCCGGCUGCCGGCUACACCAACCCAGCCUACUUCAUCUUCGAGGGAGUCCCCAACGCGUGGGUGCCGGCCCCCGGCGCUGGUGAAGCCCAUGACAAGCAGGCGGAGAGCCCGGCCGGGGGCCAGCGGCGCCGGAGCCCCCUUGGGGCAUGGGUCCCUUCGGCCUCAGAGGAAGAGCGGUGGGGUAGCCGGCCCUGCUGUGUGCCAGGGGGCCCGUCCCAUGGGCGCCCACUCAGCCCCCCCGGCGGGGGCCGGCAGAAGAGACCCAAAUCGGCCGUCCUGGCGAGGGACACACCGGGGCUGGGCGACUGCUCGCUGACGGCGCUGCACAUGGCCACCUGCCUGAGCCAGCUGGACCGGGUGUCCCCCGAGCGUGGAGGGGACAGCCAGAAGACCCUGCUCCGCCAGACCCACAGCGCCCUGGGGCCGCCCCCGCGGCCCUGCCGGGAGGUGCCGAGGUGCACGCCGGAUGCUCGCCAGCAUGGCCACCCCGGAGAGUGGCCCUGCGACAGGGGUGAGUGGUCCCAGGGCGUCAGCGGGUGCCUGGGCCACCUUGGCUUGCAGCAGGACAAGGAAGGGCUGCAGGAGCAUGGCUGGGACCACCUGGAGAUCUUCAGGUACCCCCAGGCCCUGGAGCUUGGAAAGGGGGGCACCGUGCAGGCCAGCUCCUGUGGCCCUGGGAUCCCUGGCAGAGCCCCGCGCCCCGGAGGGGAGGAGAGGUGAGCCUCGGGGCGGGGAUGUGGCAGGGCAGGAGGAUAUCAAGUCCCCACAUCUCCGUGGAUGCCCUGGGGCCGUGCGGGCUCCCCGCUCCCUCUCAGUGGCUCCCCCAGCACUUGCUCACCCUCGCCCCGUGCGCAGAGACGUCACGGAGCUGGAAGCCGGGGUGCUCAGCCCGGCCCAUCCCCGGCUUGUCCACGGCAAGCUUGGCGAGGGCACCGCGGUGAGCCUGCCACCUCGGACCCAGCGCCUAGAGCACCUAUCCCUGCCCCAGCACCCGCGUGUGCUCUCCUCUGUGGAGCUCCCGGGGCAGGCAGAGAGCUGCCGAGGAGGACUGGGCAGGCAGGCACCCAGGGCUGGACCUAUUGGCCAUGCUCCCAACUUGUCUGGCCUCACCAGCAAGCGACUCAGUUGGGAAGUCUCAGGAAGCUGCUGUGGCCGUCGGGACAGACACUUUCCAGGUCUCGCCGCCUGUCUCCGUCCUCCCUCCCCAAAGCAAUGGAAGGACCGUGCUGAGCCCUGCCAGCAAGGAGGGACGGGGGACAUGGGAGAUGUUGAGGCCACUUGGGAAGUGGGGACCACUAGGUGCUUUGGACCUUGAGGCUCAGCCUCUUUGAGCAGCCAACUGGCAGCCUGCAAGGGCACAGCGGCAUCUGUGGCCAGCCCAGCCCCGUGCACCCUCGUGCCUUCGGCCUCGGCAGCUGUUCCCUCCUCCCUGGGCUCAGCCCUGGUCAGACGGCGUUCCCAGAGGACUUCUCCUACAGCAGCCGCUCCUGAGGCUGCGGCACCGUUUCCUUACGAGAUGGCCCUUGCUAUUCCUAUCCAGAAUAAAGUCUCAGGGAC